AGCGCUAAAUAACAACAAAAAGCUGCCUGCUGACGGAUGAUAAUCCUCGCUUGAAAAGUCUUCAGUCUCUCGCCCCAGUCUCACACGCACCUGUUAAACCGGCGAACUAAUAUUCCCACACUCCGCGCUUGUUAUCAUUGUUCCGCCGUGCAUAAAGUUGCUCCUUACAGUUCCCAGUUCAUGUUCGACAGCACCAGUGAAGCAUUAUUGUUCGUGCUUUAGUACGUCCAUCGAAACGAACAAUCAGACAAGCUUUCACCGCAGUGCUUACUCACCCAUCGGAUUGGUACGGACCGGAUCCUGACCUUCGUUUCGCCCAGUACAGUACAGUUUGUGAUCAUUCGUGGCACCAGCAUCAGGAUCGCCCGAUUCUCACCGGAGAAACUUAACGUACAGCAAACGAUUCUAGCAGUGUGGUGAAAUGGCCGACAAAAAGCGACCAGUCUACGUACAGUAUGUCCUUGGAGGUCUUUCGGGCAUCGGAGCAACAUGUGUCGUUCAGCCGCUGGAUCUGGUAAAGACACGCAUGCAAAUCUCCGGUAUGGGAGGCGCGGCCAAGGAAUACAACAAUACUUUCGAUGCGAUCGGGAAAAUCGUGCGUCGUGAAGGUUUACUGGCCAUGUACAAGGGAUUAAGUGCGGCCAUCAUGCGACAGGCAACCUACACAACGACCCGUCUCGGUGUGUACACGUCGCUCAAUGAUGCCUACAAACAGAAAACCAACAAGGCACCGAAUCUGUUGGCAUCGAUGGCAAUGGGUAUGACGGCCGGUGCGAUCGGUUCAUUUGUAGGCAAUCCGAGCGAACUGAUCUUGAUCCGAAUGACGGCUGAUGGACGAUUACCGGUGGCCGAGCGGCGUAACUAUACCGGCUUCUUUAAUGCGCUGUUCCGGAUCGCCCGAGAGGAAGGUAUUCUGUCGCUCUGGCGUGGAUGCGUUCCGACGAUGGGACGUGCCAUGGUGGUAAACGCCGCUCAGCUUGCUUCGUACUCGCAGGCCAAGGCCUAUUUGGUCAGUUCUGAGCUGCUGAACGAAGGCAUCGGACUACACUUCACUGCUAGCAUGUUCUCGGGUUUGAUUACUACGGCUGCUUCGCUACCGGUGGACAUUGCCAAGACGAGAAUUCAAAACAUGAAGGUCGCACCGGGUCAAGCACCACCGUACAAGAGCACGAUCGACGUUAUUGUGAAAGUCAUCCGGCAUGAAGGUUUGUUUGCACUGUGGAAGGGUUUCACCGCUUACUACGGCCGGCUUGGACCACACACGGUGCUCACGUUCAUCAUUCUCGAGCAGCUGAACGGACUGUACAACAAGCACAUGGGCGUGGAAGGCAGCAAGUCGGGCCUAUAGGGUUCCUGGUUUCAACUCGAACGCAGGCAGCAGAACCGAUGCUGCUGCACGCAUUUCAUUCGAUGGCAAUUGUAAAUGUAUUUUCUUGUUACUUCUGUUAUUGUAUCGCGUAGUAUCAUCUUCCCUUUUACAUCCGUCACGAAAUGGCCCCCCAAAGGGUUUACCAGUUUACCGUGAUUGAAAGUAUCACCCGGAACCAUAAUAGCACAGAAGACAACGUUUCGAAACACCUGUUUCUGCGAAGCGACCUCAAAAUAAUCGCACACACUUCACCCAACGCCACGCCACGUUGGCAACCGUCCAAACGCGAUGCGCGUUGGCGCCACGCUAGAGUAGCGUCGCGUCUUCGUUAUUUGUUAGCCGAGAUCGUUUGUUUUUUUUUAUUAUCUUUUUGGCCGUACGCCAACGUGAACUUGAACCAGAUGCAGAUAUGUAACGCAAUAUCAUGCAGCACUGCUUUAACGAAACGGAGAAACGAAUUGUGACAAUAUGCGGGAAUAGAGUGUUUAUAUAGGAAACAAAUCGUGGAACGUCCUGUUUUCAGGAACACGAAACACAACGGCUAGAGCUCGUAGGAACAAUUUCGUACGUAUAUAAUAUAUAUAUAUUUUUUCUUCGCCGAUAGAAUCUAGAACAACGUAACACAAAUAAAAAGCACGCAUAGCGAACAUGAGAAUGCAAA